AUGGCCCCACUGCAAGUUUUCUCCGACAUAAUCUCAACAAUCGUAAAAUAUCAAGAAGGCUUCAUGAUCUUACCUAACGUUACUCCCUCCACUCCUAUUUCUCCGGCUUCUGUACUUGCAUCCGGAGAAAUAAUAACGAAGCCGUACAUCUUAUGGACACAGGCUCACAAAAACUGGAUACUACCUUCAGACUAUGUACUUUGUGCGAGUUUCAGCGUCCAAGUUGGCCUUUUAUUCCUUUUACAAUCGUUUUGGAAUUACCUUGCGGCCAAUGUAGCAAAAACGUCUUUCAUGGGGAGCUUCGAAUUCAAGUCCUAUAUCAUAUUUUCUGUAUUCAGCGCCGCUGUCUUUCCAAUACUAAGAUUCACCUUUCGCCAUAAUGAUUUGAAUUCUGAUGUAUUCCCUCAGCUAGCGUAUGGUGUAUUCCUGUUUAUAAUAGCGCUCUUAGGGAUCCGCUCUAAUCAGCGAUUUACUAUGCUUCUCCGUAAAACGGGACAAUCGAUUCGACCGAGCGUAGUUGCAAAGUUGGAAUACUUCAGAGACAUGAAUUUGUAUUUGACGAUGGGAUUAAUAAUUGGAUCGGUCUCAGUCUUAAUAUUGUGCGUUGAUGCAUUGACACCGAACCAGUGGCUAAACAGGAGAAAAUUCACGGCGGAUCUGUUAAUGGUCCACGUCAGCGUCGCCAUGUGGAUAGUAUUCUUGACGCUAAUUUUAAUAUUUUAUCCGUCGGGAAGUUCAGCUAGCGAUUCAGCCACAAUAAAAAGCGCCGUAUCCAACAAAUCAGCCGUAAACGAAAUUCCCACACAAGCAUCCAUAAGACCACAAACCCGUACACAUACGUACGACAAACUAAAUACUCCAGAAUCAUCCCAACUAUCGAGCUACGUUGUCGAAAUGUCGGAAGAUAAUAACGGUAGCUUCCCUCCACCUCAUCUCUCACGUCCACCACGAUCGUAUUCAACGGACGAUACGCCAUCCCAAUCACAAACAACUUUGAUAUCAACACCACCACCGUUCUCUCCAACCCCAACCACUUCACCAAAGUCUGUGUCGUCACCACGAUUACCACUGUAUUCACCCACACCUGUGAGACAAGUACCAUCUGUCAAAAUGUGGGAAGGGAUGAAAUAUCCGUUACAAACAUCGAGUAAUAAUAGUUCUGAUGACAUUGGGAAGACAAACCAAACGAAUGUGGACGAGGCAGAGAGUGGAGAACCUCCUGCAUAUGUUAUUAGAGAUCUCCGUAAAGGACAGUCACAAACACAAGGACAACCGCAGCAAGAGGCCUAUCCUCUGUCGCCCACAGAACUAGCUCACCAGAAACGCGAUUCCCGUAAAGUAAUAACCCCAUCUCUGUCAGAAGGCGAUCUCACAUCGACUUCUUAUUCGAAUUCUCUUCGAUCUUCUACUCUCCUGACGCAACAACAACAAGAACGAUAUCCGUAUCCUCGCGCAACUUACGUCGGAAGUGGGGCCUUUAUGCCCCCCAACCACAGACGAACGGAGAGCGAUGCAAUAACGGGAGAUUCUUAUGACGGCAUGGGAAAGCGAGCGAGAAGGGCGAGUUUGAUGCGAAGUGGGAGUUCACCUAGUCUGUUUUUGCUUAAUUCGUCGCCCGUGUUACAAUCACCGACUACACCAUUAUCACCAACAAGCGACAUGAUGCCAACAUCGCCUACAAAUUUUACAAUGGACCAUACACACGGAGCAUCUAAACGAUGGACAAGAUGGGAUACUAACAGGCCGACUGUGUCAAAAGCAUAUACGGAUACGCAAAGCUCAUCAUAUGAGGCUUCCACCAGAUCGCCAGGAUCUCCACGAUCGGCUGUGCCAUAUUCACCUAGAACUGUCACGUCUCCUACAUCUCCUAAAUCUCCUAAUCAACAACAUUCAUAUCAGCGAUCGAUUCCUGCAAAUCAUUCGCCUUUGGUGCCUCGACGAACUUCCAAAGUGGACGAUGUUGAAAUGGUGGCAGUUAGGUCGAGGCGGAUGUCAGUGGCUAAUGGGAAGAAGCAAGUGAGGACAGAUAGUGGUGGAUACGAGCUGCAGAGGGGAUUAGACUCACCGACGAUAAGAAUUUCUACUUUUAAUGAUUCGCAUGAGAAUAUUACUCAUGCAUUGUAG